CGCGCGACGACGGGCCGCCGGGAGGUCGCCGAGACCCGGCCCCCGGUCGGGCAUGAGCAGCGCUUCGUUCGUCGUCCUUUCGGGCUUCGGGCUCGCGGCUUCCGACUUCACGAUGGGAACGCACAUGUCCUCGAGACCCUGGAUCGCGUCGGCCUCGAGCCAGAGCAUCUCUCUCCGGCGCGAUCGGCUCCGUCCGCUCCGUCUCCCAGGUCUCCGUGACCCUCCACAACAGGGGCACCGACAAGAGCUGGUAGACUCGGCCAUCUUGAAUUCAAAGGGAUGGCAGCAGUAUCUGCUUCAACCCUCCAGAAAGGUACUUCUUUUAGUCAAGAUCUUGGAAAUUUCUGCCUGCGGACUUCAAAGGGGUCAUGUGAUGAAGAUCCAUAACCACAUUCAGAUUUCAAGAGUUUAUGAUUGCAGUCUUGAGACACAAAAUUCCGGAACUUGCAUUUACUCCCACUACUGUUCAUGGUUGUGCUCCUCUAAUUUGAUGGAAAGUUCUGCAAAAAACUUGGGUAAAUUGAAUGCCUUUAACUACUUCGUUUUGCAGAUGAACUUCAUAAUAUUUUCUGUCGUGCUCGAGAAAUAUGUGGUGAGCGAGCAAUGGAAAUAUGAGAGCAUGGAAAGGACUCGGAGAAGGGGGAAGGCCCCAUACGGGCUGCAGAGGGUAACUUGUACGUCUGUCUUAGAAAGUUAUGGUGUUCAAUAAUUGAUGAUCUCUACUAGAGCAGUCCUAAUUAUUCUUAGAUAGUUAUGGUGUUCAAUAAUUGAUGAUAUCAACUAGAGCAGUCCUAAUUAUUCAUCCAGGAUGAACCUCUAGCUGCUUUAGAUACUGAGAAUUGAGUAUGCUACAUGAAGGUACUGGCAAAUGCUUGAAUGAAACAGUCUGCUUUUAUUAUUUUUCUCAAGGAAUUAAUUAGAUAUAUUGUAUAUAUAGAAAAUUGCACUUCAAUUACAUGUUUCUUUAAUAUUCACGGAAAUGGUUGUGUGAUUAAACUUUUUUUCAAAGAAGAUGAAUGCCCAAGAGUUUCUCUAAUUUAAAUAAUUAUGUUUGUAGAAGGGAAGAUAUGAUCGUCUUCUGAUCACUACAAAGUUUAGAAAAUAAGGAAAGUUUGUAAUUUUUGGUAAAUUUCAGCUGAAUAUUAUUUGACCAGACAUUACUAGAGUUACAUGUUGAUUAGAGUUGAUGAUGUUG